ACUUAUGUGCAGGUUCACCUCGGGUUCUGUUAGGCAACAGCACUUUGGAAUUAUGCCAUGAUAAAUAUUCUAUGUCUAAUUCAGAUUCUCACAGAAACGAGACUUCACUUGCUUGCUGAUCACUUCAGUUUCUCUCAACGGAAUCUUUUCGUUUUGGACACUAUCUAAUUAGUUUGAAGCUGAGUAUGGACGAUACUGACAGACCCCAGGAUGUGCCGGAAGCUUCCGGAGCCGGCGUGGAGGAGGACCAGCCGGGGGAGAGCGUAGAGGACCCGGGGGAUGGAGGGAGUGGGCAGGACGGAGAGAGCGGAUGGGCGGAGGAGGGCGCAGGGAAGGAAGAGAGCGAUUGUGGCUCAGAAGCGAGGGAUGGCGCUGUCGGAGAGAGGAGAGACGAAAUGGCGGGAGACAUGGAGGAGGAGCUGCUGGUGCUGGACCCUGAGCAUCCCCUGAUGAAAGGCUUCCAGUCUGCGCUGAAGACUCACCUGGACAAACAGCUGGAGAGGCUGGAGAAUGAGCUGCGUGAGCUGCGGUCGAUGGAGCAGGCGGAGGGCGACGGGCGUGUGGCCCUGGGCACGGCCCUGUUCAAGGUGCAGGAGGAGCUGGGCCGAGUGGACCUCACGCUGACGGGGCAGAACCAGGCCAACAGCAGCGCCUCCUCACUGCGGCAGGAGGCCCAGGCCCGGCUGGAGGCCGCGCGCCGGGAGUACCGCUCCUCCGUGGCGGGGAACAGCGAGCUCAGGGCGCAGGUGUCCCAGACGCAGCGGGAGGUGGAUGACACGGCUCUGCGCCUCCUCUACCUGCGCGGCGCGACCGGGGACAUGUCCUCCGACCUGGCGACCACGCAGACCUGCGCCCGCAAGGCCCAGCUGGAGAAGAACCGGGCCGCACAGGAGAAGAACGUGCAGGACCUGUACGCAGACCGGCUGAGUCAGAAGCUGGAGCGUCUGCAGGAGGAGACCGCGCUGUACGACGCCCAGGCGUCUGCUCAGGCCAUGGAGACGCAGGUGGCCCAGGAGGGCCUGUCUGAGGCUCAGUUGGAGCUGGACGCCCUGCUGGUGGAGCAGAAGCAGCUCCUGCAGCAGUGGAACAGCAGCCUGCUGGGAGUGGGCAGGCGUGACGAGGCCUACAACACCAUGCAGGAGGCCCUGCGGGCGGCGCGGGACCAGGCCCGGGCUCUGGACACCGAGCUGGAGGGCUCCCGCAGGUCCGUCACGCAGCAGGAGGAGCAGAACGAGCAGCUGACGCUGGCGCUCAACGCGGCCCGCCUGGACUGCGGAACGUCCCGGAAGCUGAUCGCGCGCAGCAAGGCCCAGGAGGAGGCGCUGUUAGCGCAGCACGCCGUGUACGCACGCGCGCUGCAGGAGAGCGAGGACCGGCUGGAGCAGGUCACCCGGGACUGCGCGACGCGGCGGGGGGAGGCUGUGGCGCUCCGGGCGCAGAUGGACCGCGAGGUCACCGUCCGCCGCGGGCUGGAGCAGAGGAUCAUGGGAAAGAUGCAGGAGCAGCUGUCGCACGGCCAGGCCGCCAAGUACUCCCGCCAGCAGGUGGAGAAGAUCGCCACGCAGAAGAAGGAGAGGGAGCUGCAGGUGGCCCUGCUGGAGGAUGACCUCGCCCAGGUGACGCUGGCGGGCACGGAGGUGAAGCUGCGCGUGGAGUCGCUCUCGCGCGUGUGGGCGGAGCUCCAGAAGGAGACGGCGCAUCAGCAGGAGCUGCUGGACCACAGCGAGACGGAGAUCAGCAAGCAGGACAUCAUCAUCGAGCGCAAGGAGCACGCCAUCUGCAGCUACAAGAAGAAGAUCCAUGAGAUGUGCACCAAGCACGAGGACGUGGGCGGGCUGGAGAUCCGGGUGAAUAAGCUCUGUAAGGAGGUGGAGGAGCUGGAGGAGGAGAUCCAGGCCCAGCAGCACUCCUGGCUGCGGCAGCAGGAGGAGCUGGUGAGGCUGAACCGGGACAGGCAGGCUCAGAGCGCCGCCCUGCUGGCCCUGCAGGAGAGGCUCACCGUCCUGCAGCAGAAGAAAGUGCACACCGAGGGUGAGAUCCAGCAGGAGCGGCGGGAGCAGGCGGAGGUGGAGCGGCACAUGAACGGCCUAAUGCUGGACAUCGCGAAGCUGAACGGCCUUCUGGGAAAGAACAGCCAGCAGAGUGACGCACUCGAGCACAGCAACUCCCUGACGGAGAGCGAGUUCAUCAGCCGGCUGAAGGAUGCUGAAAGGGAGUCCAUCGAUUUGCAGAUGAAUCUGGAGAGGAUACAAGAGGAGAGGGACAUGCUCCUCAACAGCCUGCUGGAGGCAGAACAGCAGGUGCUCCUGUGGGAGAAGAAGACCCAUCUAGUGAAGGAGACUCAGCUGGCGGUCAGAGAGGAGAUGGGCCAGGGAGACAUCCGCUUCCUCAAGUCUGAGAUCCACCGCAUGGAGGUGCGGUACGAGCAGCUGAUGAAGCAGCAGGCGCGGUUGCUACGGGAGCUGGAUGCUGCGGUUGCUAGGCGCGAGGCCAUAGAGAUGCACAGCGAGACGCAGGCGCAGUUCUCCCGCUCCCGGCCCGUCCAAUCAGAGUCCCGCAGCGUCCUGCAGGGCCUGCGCAGGAAGAUACAAGACUGCCAGAAGAAAUCUAAGGACUGUGACGGGGUGAUCGCUGAGCUCCAGGACACACAGAGGGCUCUGCUCUCCGCUCUGUCUCAGAAACAGAAGCAGCUGGGAGGUCUGCGCAGCAACUCUGACUCACUGGACACAGACCUGCGCAGCCUGCAGGACACCAAGGAGAAGAGCCGCGUGCGGCUCCUCGCGCUCCAGGCCCGCGUGCGGCACCUGCAGGCGGUGCGGGACGGGCGGUACCGCUCGGUGUGUGUGGGCGGGGCCGGCCCGGGCUCCUCCUCCCAGCGGCUCAGCGCCCAGCUGCAGGGCGUGGCCUCGGCCGUCCAGCGCGUCUGCCAGGACCACCCCGAGCACCAGGGGGCGCUGCACCGCCUCGGCCUGGCCUUCGCCGCCCGCCGCGAGCUCCUGGAGCCCCCGGCGCACUCCUGACCGCACCCCCCCGCUGUGUGACGUCACUCCCCUUCCCACCUGCUCAGGGUGGCCAAGCCUUCACCCGGGGCGCAGG